AUAUUCCAAGGCUAACUGGUAUUUCCAUAGUACGAUCCUCCGACGUCCGGAACUCCUCGGCACGGGCGUUCUGUGACAUCUUCUAAAAGGGAGAAAUCCCACUGUAUGUCUGUGUGUGUGUUGCUGUGUCGUGUGAAACCUCAUCUAUCUCCCCAGUCCCCUCAUACCCGGCUCCAAGAACAUAGUAUCGUUCCACCACUUUACGACUCACUUUGACGAGGCGCGUUAGCCUCCUCGCGGGACUACCGGCUGCCUCCCUACGGUUGACUUGUGUGACCUCUUCACUUUCGCUGCCGCCAGGCCGCGCUUGGCGCUUGUUUGGUGUGAGCCGUUCGUGACUUGUCGCGGGAUGAGCCACGGAGGAUAUCGUCAGCUUAUAUCAUUCGCGUACGGUGCCGUGUGUCGUGCAGUUCAUCUCGCCGAGCGCUCGACGGCGCGGGAAUUAAUUAAUCAAAUACGGCAUCGAAUCGAACGUUUGUUGUGGUUUGGUGUAUCGGUCAAGGAGUCAAUUGGCAUUAAACAAAAAGGGGACGAGAUAGAGCUUUGCUCGCCUUCUUUGUGCGGUAAAUGAUAGUGAAGGAUAGUUCGAUUCGUUUGUGUGAUGAACCAGUGACAAGAGUGUUUUUGAAGUGUUAAUUAAAAAUAAUUAAGGGGAUUAAUUUGAUCGUUUAAAGGUUUACAUGACUUUUAAAAUGAUUAAACUGAUGCUCAAAAGACCUUCUGCGAUCAGUCCCCGCUAUGGCAACUUUCUGUUCGGACUCUUAUGCGGAUGGAUUCUCUCAAGAGCGAUCCAUGUUUGGACAACUUCUGGAUGGAUUACUGCUCCCAACGCACAAAACAAUUCCCCUGCCUUCAACAUAAGCGAAAGUGUUCGUGUGCUCUGCUGGGUAAUGACCACGCCGGAUAACCACCAGGAAAAGGUGAUCCACAUCCAAGCUACCUGGGGAGCUCGGUGCAACAAACUGCUGAUCAUGAGCUCCGUCGCUGAUCCGUCGAUCGGAAGCAUCGCUCUACCGGUCGAGGAAGGCCGCAAGAGUCUGUGGAAUAAGACGCGAGAAGCAUUCCGGUACAUCUACGAACAUCAUCUCGAGGAGUACGAUUGGUUCUUCAAGGCGGACGACGACACGUACGUGGUGGUGGAGAAUCUGCGCUACUUUCUGUAUCCGUAUUCACCGCAGUUGCCGAUCUAUUUCGGGAGUAAGUUCCGCUAUCCGGAGUAUGUGAAGCAAGGAUACUUUUCUGGUGGUGCUGGCUAUGUGCUGAGCCGGGAGGCAGUGAGACGUUUCAACGAACAAGCACUCGGCGAUGUGCAGCACUGUUCGGCGGCCUACGACACGGAGGAUCUUGAAAUGGGAAAAUGCAUGGAGAGUGUGAAUGUAACGGCCGGUGAUUCCAGGGACAGCUUAGGCCGAAAGCGAUUUCUUCCGAUGGAACCUGUGUUUCAUCUCACCAGCUCGGUGACAGAGGAUCCUGACUUUUGGUACAACCAAUACUCGUACUAUGAGCCCUUUUACGGCAAGAACUGUUGCUCGGAUCUGGCUAUCAGCUUCCAUUACGUUCCCGGGAAGCAUAUGCACAUGAUGGACUAUCUGAUUUACGAUCUACACGCGUGGGGCAGGAGAUACCAAGACGCACCACUUGCCAAAGCAAAAACACUCCAAGAAGCGAUGGCCGUUGCUGGACCAUAUCCGAUCAGUACUUUACGGCCAAAAACUGAGAUGAGUGUAGUAUCCACCGUAGGUAUAGAGGAAGUCUCUUCUACGAUAAAACCUUAGUGAAAUAGUGAAGCUCAAUUGUUCAACUAGUCACCUGUACAUGAUUGUAGAAUUAGUGUUGUUUUUCUUGAAUACAUUGAAUAAUUCAAAAUAAA